AUGUUUAUAAAGACCGUACUGAAGAGACGUCUGCCUUCAGCGUCUGACCUGGACUCAGGUAGGAACAGGACAGAGCGGGGGAGGUCUCAGUCGAUCAUGAGCUCGUCAGUGGUUCCAGGAGGCAACAUGAGUUUUCCUCAUCAGCAGCUGAAUAAGUUCACCUACAUCAGAGACACCUUCACCGGAGCGGUUGUGAAGAACCUGAUUGUUGUUCUGUUGUGGCUCAUCCUCAGUUACAUCAACAGCACCUUGGUUUCCACGUUUUUCAGACACCGGACCUUUUACGAAGACCCUCGUUAUAUCCUCUUCAUCCACAUGGUGAUAAACGACUCCAUCCAGCUGAAUGUUACUGUCACAUUUUUUGUCUUUAGCUACAUCUUCUACAAGAUCAACGUCUCUUUCUGCUGCCUCCUCAUCCUGGUGGCCGUCUUCACCACCAGGAACACCCCAGUCAACUUAGCUAGCAUGGCCAUUAAGCACUACAUUGCCAUUUGCAAACAUUUGCGCCACUCGCAAAUCUGCACAGUGAGAAAAACGUACAUGGUCAUUGGGGUGAUUUGGUUUCUGUGCGCGGCUCCAGAUAUCACAGAUCUGUUUGUGAUUCUGGCCACUGAAUCCCUGAGCUUCUUUCAUAGGUCUGUGAAGUGUUUACGCCAGAACCUGUUCAAAGACCUGAUUCUUGUGCAUAAAAGACAAGCGUUUGACAUCAUCUAUUUCUCCUCCCAAUUUAUAACCUCCACCAAGCAGUCCAAUGACAAGAAAUACCAUCUUAAACUAGGUCACUCGCUGAGUCAGUCAUUUUCCCUCCAAUGGGCAAACAAAUGCUGA